AUGAAUGAAGAUUCUAGAUACAUGCAUAGAACAGGUUGUAGAUGGGCAGUAUUAAGUUGGCUUAUGAGUAUGUUCAGUGAAGGUUGCAUUGAACAGAUUCAUAAGCCAUGGAACUUGGUUUUCUUUCAGGCAGGGCAAGAAUCUUUCCGGUCCAUCACUAGAUCUUACUACAGAGGAGUAGCUGGAGCACUUCUGGUAUAUGACAUAACCAGGAGAGAGACAUUUAAUCAUUUGGCAAGCUGGCUAGAGGAUGCUCAGCAGCAUGCUAAUCCCAACAUGUCAAUCAUGCUCAUAGGGAAAAAGAGUGAUCUUGCACAUUGGAGGGCUAUCAGCAAAGAGGAAGGGGAACAAUUUGCAAAGGAAAAUGGGCUUUUAUUCUUGGAGGCAUCCGCAAGAACAGCUCAAAAUGUUGAGGAGGCUUUCAUAAAGACUGCUGCAAAGAUCCUUCAGAAUAUUCAGGAGGGUGUAUUUGAUGUAUCUAAUGAGGUAACUGAAUAGUCAUUUUGUUGUAGAGAAACUUUAGGCUAUUGGGA